GCCACCCUGGUUGGUAACCCCCUUCAGGACUUCACUAAGGAGGACCGGAGGAGGGCCAACGAAGGAGCUCGGGAUUAUUGAUGGGUCGAGGGUAGGUUAGAAAAGCGAAAAACGGACAGCAGUGGGGUUUGGAUGGUUGUACCGCAUCCGUUCAUGAGGUACGACUGGGUAAAGACGGCGAAUGAGGAAACUGCAGCCCACUUCGCCGUGCGAAUUAUAGAGGUGGUCAUCGAUAAGAACGAGUGGUAUUCGUCUAAUAUCCGCGAAGAUGUUAAGUUCAUCGUCCAGAACUGUCAAGUCUGCGCUGCUGACAAGGCACCGAUCCAGCCGCCCAGAUCGAUAGUACCAACGGUAGUUGAGCGGCCGUUUCAAAGGGUAAGCAUGGAUACUACCGAUAUCGUGGUACCUCCUGGUCCUAAUAGUUCGAUUCGGCAGGUUCGUCAUCCACGGUUCAAUCUGGAUCUUCUACGACUGGCACAGUUCUUCUGCACUUCGGGAGUGUACGCAGCGGCCGAGUUCCGAUUUGCAGGCAGUCCUCAGGCGGUCGUGUUAGCAGAGGCAGUGGCCGUACAUCGGCGGUCAGCUCCCGGGAUUAGCCAUGUGUCCACGGUCGUCGGCUUCAGCGGCAAUAUCAGUACGUGGAGGCGCUGGCGUAAACACUUCAUCGAUCUGUCGGUGUGCCUAAUCGGAGUACGAAUCACAUGGACCAAGGACGAGGAACAUCACGAGUGGUUUGAGUACUUGGAGUUGAUGAUCGUUCAAGCCUGGAGGACCGACGUGGAAGGCGAUCUUCUCGGAUUCCUGUUCGGAUCGGUGCGCCCCAGUCAUCGUCAGCCGAUCACCUUAGAGCUGACGGUCCCCCUUGCGCAGUUAGCAGACGAUCUCCCACUUGAGAUCGUCUCACAGAGUGACGAGAGCCCGGUUCCACAUGUCCUCACGCGAACGCUAACGCCGUAUCUUCAGUGGUCGGCAUGCCUGGAGGAGCCAGGAACUGGCCGCAACCCGUCGUCGCAGCGGGAUUAUCUGGACCCACGCGAGAUCAUCGAUCUCGCCUUUUUCCAAAAUCGGGCGACCUCCGAGGACGAAGAAAUAGAGAUCGAGGAAGAGAGCGUUGAAGAAGAAGAAGCGGCCGAAGAGGACGAGGAGGAAGAAACCUCGGAGGAAGGCAGUUAUAGCGAGCACAGCGAGGGAGAGCAGAGUGAAGAUGAGGAAGAAGAAAAGGAGCUAGAACUGGAGGAGUGGGAGAUCUCGGCGGAGGAACUCGAGCGAACAGAAGCAGAGCAGGCGGAAGACCCCGAAGCAGCGCGCAAAAGAGACGAAAUCGCGGCCGAAAAACGACAACUGGAGUUCGCCAGCACGGCAAAUUUGCCGUUGCCGAUCACCGACGAUCCGGCCCGCGAUCCCGAGCCGCCCAAGCCCGAAGAUGGGGACCCAACUGCCGAGACUUCUAGCGCACCGGCAAGGCGGCGACGAAGCCGAUCCCCAUCCCCCUCCGCCUCCGACCGUCCAUCAGUUCGAGCCCGUACUGAUGCGGGGCAUCGGGCUUCGUUCCCGGUCGUUAUCCCGCCGUCCCCUUGACUACCUCACCCUCCGACAAAUCACCACCCGUGUCGCUUUCCCCCGUAAUCCCUUCCCCAUCGA